UUCAAGUGUUUCAAAACCCAUAUCGAGUCCAGAGUUCAUGGAACAAUACGCAUGCGUUAAGCUAUAUCAUAUAAGAAGACUCUCAAACAAUCAUCACAGAACACAAUUUACUUAUAGGUUACUUUACCGCUUUCAGUUUUUUAUUUUAUGUUUUUAGCGAAUGCGUUCGUUAGGUAGAAGAAGCAAAAGUGGAAAUUUAUGUUAGGUUGAAUUUUCUGUUAUUAGGUUUUAUUUUCAUUUAUCCCUUAUAUCUUUUGAUAAAGAAGUGAUUUGAAUUGCUACAUAUUUUACUUCUAAUAUGGCUGGAUUAAAAGAAGUAGGAGGAUACAAAUUAGGUAACUUGAUAAUUGAGGGGAAAACCAAACAAGUGUUUGACAUUCCUUCUAUUCCUGGACAUUGUAUAUUGUUAAGUAAAGAUAGAAUAACAGCCGGAGAUGGAGUGAAAGCCCAUGACCUUGCGGGAAAAUCUAUAAUUUCCAACAAAACCACUUGUAAAGUUUUUGAAAUAUUGAACCAAGUUGGAGUCCGCACUUCUUUUGUGAAAUCAGUGUCUGACAAUGCAUUCUUAUCAAAGAAAUGUGAAAUGAUUCCAAUCGAAUGGGUUACUCGGCGCUUAGCUACAGGAUCUUUUUUAAAACGUCAUCCAGGAGUAAAAGAAGGUUAUCGUUUUUCUCCACCCAAGCAUGAGACCUUCUUUAAAGAUGAUGCUAAUCACGAUCCCCAGUGGUCUGAAGAGCAAAUAAUAUCAGCAGAGUUCAAGGUCAAUGGAGUUGUUAUUGGAAAACAUGAAGUAGAUGUGAUGACCAAAACGUCUAUAUUAGUAUUCGAGGUAUUAGAAAAAGUAUGGCAAACAAGAGAUUGUGCCCUAAUUGACAUGAAAAUAGAAUUUGGCGUAGAUACCUCAGGUGAAAUUUUGGUUGCUGAUGUUAUUGACUCCGAUAGUUGGCGGCUAUGGCCUUCAGGAGAUAAAAGAUUGAUGGUGGACAAGCAAGUGUACAGAAACCUUUCCACUGUUACCGAUAAAGAUUUGGAUGUGGUGAAAAGGAAUUUCGAAUGGGUUGCAGAUCAACUGGACCAUUUAAUUCCUCCUAACAAACAUCUAGUUGUGAUAGUGAUGGGCAGCACAGCUGAUAAAGAACAUUGUAAUAAAAUUAAAAAAUACUGUGAGGAUCUUGGACUGAAUACUGAAAUUAGAGUGUCCUCUGCACACAAAACCACCGGUUAUACUUUGGACAUAAUAAGCUAUUAUGAAGGACUGAAUAUUCCUAUAAUUUUUAUAGCAGUAGCUGGAAGGUCCAAUGGGUUGGGACCAGUUAUUUCUGGCAAUACAGAUUAUCCGGUGAUAAAUUGUCCGCCGGGUCCCAAGGAAGAACUAGCUAAAGAUAUUUGGUCUAGUUUGAAUGUCCCUUCUGGCUUGGGAUGCGGUACUGUGUUAUAUCCAGAAACGGCGGCAUUAUUUGCGGCACAGAGUAUCGCUAUCAACAAUUAUAUUGUUUGGGGCAAACUCAGGUUAAAACGACUUGGAUUUUUCAAAAGUUUGCCUAAAUCUGAUGAAGAAAUCAGGAGUUCCAACCAAUAAUUAUUAAUUUUUGUUUAUUUAUAUUGUUUAUGUUUAUUAAAAAAAAUGAAUUGAA